CUAACAAACAGGGACAUGCCCAGACCUUUUUGACUGGGGUGGCCAAACCCCAGCACUGCAGGGGUGGCAUAGAAGUGGAUGAGCCCACACACCAAUAAAUAGCAUUUAUUCUUGUGUCUGUUAAUCUCAACAUAAGUCCUGUUCUGACAGGUGACAGAUGAUGUUUUUGACAUUGUGUUUUAAUUUUUAUUUUAUUUUGUAUUGGGGGUUACAAAAACUAAAAGUAAUAAAAGCUGAAUUAAAAUUAAGCAUUACAUAAACGAACCAAAACCAAAUUUAACUCGAAAACUUGUGAAAAAUCAAAAACUAUUAUAACCGUGCUAGCAGCGUACAUGUUUCUGUAUUUAGUGAGUGACCAUACCUAAUACAGCAGCUGGUAGAAGAAGAGUCCAAAUUCGUGUUGAAAACUUGACAAAAAGGGAUUAUUCUUACUUUGUAUCAAGGGAGGGGUGAGCAGGGGAGCGUCCGAGUCUUGAAUCUGAGCACCAGACACUGCUCAACGUUUUCAUUUCUUCACACUGUGCCUUUAAGCUGAGGCUAUUUGAAGACCUUUCUGCCAGACUAAGGUCAAGUAUGUCAUAAUGCAGCCACACCACUGAGACAAAUUUUAACCUUCUUGGAGAUAAACCCUGAUUCUGCUUCUGCAUAUGAAUCUUGACUUUAUCAACAGCAUAAAAAAAACUACAAAAGAUCAUUUUAACUCCAGUAUCUGGUGGACCUGAACUCUUGAUCUCACCAUGUGGGCGCUGGCUAAUUCCUGGUUAGUGUUUUUUUUUUUCACCUGACUUAAUUUUUAACUUCUCAAGACUCACAUUCACACACAUACAUAGAGUCCUCUCACUGGUCGACCAGGGGGGUAAGCAACCUGGUGUAAUGUCUAAACAGUCCUAUGAGCCUGAGUAAUUCCUGUCCUCUUUCCAAGUGGAGCUUUAUUUUUUCUCCCUCUACUCUCAUUUCUGGGCCUAAAAUCAGGUUAGCGUUUUAUAAGGAGCUUAGCGCAGAGGGCCACAGUGUGCCACUAAUGUAAUAGAGUAUCUCUCUCUCUCUCUCUCUCUCUCUCCCUCUCUCUCUCCCUCUCAUUCUCUUCUGUCCUCUUUUCUCUUUGUGCAUUUGCUUACCCUGUUGUGGAGUGUCCUUCUCUCUCUCCUUCUCUCCCUCUCUCUUUCUUGUUUUUUUUUUUUUCUGUCUCCUUCCACCUCACCUCGCUCUUGUCCCUCUGCAUCUCCCUCCAUCUGCCAAUGUGGAAGACGCACGCCUGAGGUUGAAACAUUAAGACGGUGAGACAGCCGGGACAGGACAGAGGAGGACAAAGAGAGGAGAAGGACGAAGGAAAGCAGAGGGGCUGAGAAUCAGAGCUUGGGUAAGUUGACUUUCUUCUGCACUCUAGUGUGUGAAUGUGUGCGUUUCAGCAGGUUUUCACGUUCACUUUUCACAGUGAAUGUCAGGUGAAUUUAAUCCUGCAGUGUGUGUGAUGGGAAGUUUGUGAUUAAGCUGUUGUUGUGGAUUAUGCUGCUGUGAAAUCUUGCAAGGAUCUCUCUGCAAUGUUAAUAAUCCACCAGAUUAUCCGUCCUUUCUCCUGCGGCUAUGGCUUUACCAUGCAUGACAAAACUCAGAGGUAUGGCUUGGUGUGUGAUUUAAGUUAGCUGAAAUGUGUAUGUGUGAAGGGAGGAGGCUCACAUGUUGCAUGAGCACAUCCAUUACACAUUUUGUAUGCUUCUAUCUCUCCUGUAAAGGUGUGCUCGCCUGCUGAAAGCCAGCUGAUACGAGAGUCUCUGUGGACUUUGCAAUGUUUAUCCAUAACCUGACACAUCUUGUCUUAUCAGGCGCACAUGCUUUACAGGAUCAUGUGUUGACACCCGUUCCUAGGCUACACAGUGAUUCAUGGAAAAAUAAAAAAGUAUCUCCAAGUGAAAAUUAGCUCCAGGGCAGGCAAAAACCAACAAAGUCUGUAAAACAAAAGAAACAAGCAGCCUAUUCUUGUGUUUGUCAAUCAAGUGUUGCACAAGUUAAGCUGUCUGAGGCAAGAUUUUGCUUUGUUAGCAGAAUAAAAUGCUUUACCCUGGCUGUGCUGCUCUGAGACAUCGUCAUAUUCUGCCAACUCCAACAAAAGCAGUUUUCUUGACGACACAUUUCCUGUUUUUUCCUCUAUUCCUGAUGCUAAAUAUGCUUCUUUAAAAGCUUCUAGAUUAUAUAUUGUUCAUGUGUGUUUUCUCAGUAAGCCCCACCUACAGCAUAGCUCGUACUGUUCUGAGUUAUGCCAAUAAACCUUUGAACCGUAGGUCCACUGUAACAUCUUCAGGUGCUCACCCAGUGCAUUAAGUGUACAUGAGUGUCUGCCAGAGAACACGCGACUUCUUUGUAUUUACACCCCGUUUGAAGCCCUCCAGCUAAGGACAACAGCCUCAAAAGUCUGCUUCCUCGAGGUCCUUGUUGUCUGAACUGCUUGGCGCCUUUCUUUACACAUCUCUCUCUGUCUUCUCUGUGCUUCUGUCAGGAAUCAGACUGAUGGCGUCUGUCUCUGGAGAUGCAGAAGGGAGCACAGAAGACGUUACAGGUAAAACUAUUUGGCAUGUAGUUUAAUACACUGCAGGUAGAAGAAAGAAGCUAAUUUUUCUAUAAUGGAAAUGUUACACAUUACAAAAUGAAGAGCUCAGUCAGCACAGCUUUGAUACACGUGAGCAUAGAGCAUUUAUUGUCAAUUGUAGAUCCUAAUCUGCAGCAGGUAGCAGGUGUUUGAUAUAGAUAAUGAGCGAACAUAAAGGCUUUAAAUGAGUGCUGUGCGAGUUCUACGCAUGUGUGUGUUUGAGCCACUCUGACCUGAAUCCGCCUCCAUCUCAAUCUAUGUUAGGACGUAAAAAGUCCAAGCUUAAGUCUCUGAAAACUCGCAUCUUUGGGAGAAGUAAAAGAGGGAGCGUAAAGAAAAACCCCAAACUCAGCCAGUCGGAGAGUGACAUCACAUCAGGAAAGGGACUCGGAUCUGAGGAAGAUUUGUCGUAAGUGUCCACUUGAGGAUAAAUAAUCCAAAUGUUUGCUCUACAUCUUGAUUUCUGUUCAGAUUUCCAUCCUAUUUAAUCACUCCUCCUCUGAUUAUCCUCUGCUGUGCCAACAGAUGUCCCCAGGGAAUGAUGCCAUCACGGGCUUUGUCCCACGACAGCAUCUUUAUAGAUGAUCAGGACCUGAAUGAAGGUGAACCAGCCAGGGUUUCAUCCCAGGAGAAUGUUCAAGGCAGGAUUAAAGCCCUGCAGGUAUGGCCUUACAUCUAGAGCAUUUUCAUGGACCUUUGGGCGAUGUAUUAAGGCGGGAAAAGAGAAAAAAACAUCUAUAUUUGUGUUUUAAAGGUGAAACUCCAACAGCAGAAAAUGCAUCUGGGUCCACCACCUCUGGUUUUGCCAAGACGACCAGAAGAUCCUGACGGCCGCUCAGACGAGGACAAUCUUUCUGGUAGCCCGGCUGAGAUCUCAGUAAGUGACACCACCAGUCAGUGAAACUUUGAAAAUUCUCCCACAAAUUGGAUUAUUUUCAGGGUAUGUUUCCAUGAUUUAAAGGAUGCAUGUGUGAUUUUCCCAAUCACUGUCUUAUUGGACGCUGGGCUUUACUCAUCUUGCAUUUUGAUUUAGCUUUAUUCAACUUCAAGCAACUCCAAGUCCUAUCCUCCAGCUCUGAGGAGAACAGUGCAGACGAAACAGUACUCAGUGUUGGGAGAGCUACUUUGAACUUUAAAAGCAACUUUUCAAGCUGGAAGAAGUUGAACUACAACCAGGCUCCCCCGAGGGGGAUAUAUGCUAACUAAAGCCAGUUAGAAAAAGUAGGUCAAUAUACUACAAAAAUGUAUUCACAAUGCAUGCGACUUGAUGUUGCAAAGAAGAAAUUCUGUUAACUAGAUACCGUUAUUUUGAGUUAUUUAUGCGCCUUCAUAUAGUUUAUAGAAAAAAAUGUGCCAAAUUGUCCUUCAGCCAAACACCUGCGUGUGAAAACUGGAGGCUGGGUAGAAAAAACUGCAACAAGCAAGAUAAUUCAUUUGGCCAGAGCUUUUAGAUUAACAUGGAGCAACUUCUCAGAAAAAAACUGUGAUUAGAAAUAAUUACCAUUUUCCACUGAACUAAGUUGGAAGAUAUUCAGGUGAGCUUACAAUGUUUAUCUCUAAUACUCUUUAAAUGUGUCUUAAAAAUCCAAUCUGGGCAUGUCUAUGUACAGAAAUCCCUGCCAUGUUGUAUUUUUGUCAUAAAAAAUUAGGACUUAUAAUUAUCUGACAAAAAUGAAGAAAAAAAAGGUUGAACAUCUGGUUUCUUUUAUACUCAAACUUUCAGCAUCUUGCCAACCAAAAAAGGACCAAAAGGAGAUAGACUAAUGCAAUCAUUAUAAAAAUACUAAUGCUGCUUAGCCACCAGCAAGCUCCUGCAAAAUACAAUUGCACUUAGUCACUCUUACUUGUUUAAUGUGUUUCUUUGUGUUUUAUUAUUAUAUCAUAUUCAGAAGUCUGUAUUUAGUUUACUACUUUCCCUGCAAGGACAGGUAACUGCUGGAGUGUGGACAUAACACCGUCUCUAAUAGGGUUAUGAUCUGAGAUAAGAGUCCAGAAUAGGUUUAGUUUGCUGUAAAUAUUGGAAGAAAACGCUGCUGAUGUCUUAUAUUUUUCCUGUAGAAAACAAGCCUAAAACAAACAAUGAGUUAGUCUUUCUCCAAAUAUUUCCUGAGGUCUCUAGUCUGUCUGCAGGACUCAGCUCUAACAAAGCUCAUUUAGUCCUGCUUAGGGCAGUAAUCUUAAAAAAUGGGUCACAAACAAAUAGUUUCUUCUUUUUUUUUUUAAAGCCAUUGUAAUCCCUAAACCUUUGGGAUUGCAGUUUUGAGCAAACAUUACAAAACAUACAAAAUAGUAAACGCUACAUCUGCUGGGUUUAUAGAGACACAGAUUAAAAUGCACUUUUGGAUAUUUACAGUAGCAGUACUGAGUAAGUUGGAUGACUCAAAUCAGAGAGUCCGCGUUCACGCUAUGAAUAAACAUGCCAGCUUGAGUAACAGUGAUGCUCGUUGCUGUGUAAAGUCACUAAGGCUUGACAUACAGUGCAAACUCAUGCAUAGAUGGGUUAGUAAUAGGACCACCCCUGCAGUGAUUGUUUCUAAUGGCUGUAAAAGGAGGUUUGUGUGAAGCCACUACAGAAGUGCCAAAACUGCAGUAGCAUCAGAGGCCACCUGAGGCUGAUUUCAUGAGCAAGUCAGUCGCCAAUAGGACCGAUUAAACAUAUGGAGUCUAUUUAUUCCAUCUCUUCUGCUUUUAAUAUUUUAGAGCUCAAGUUUGAGACGUUUCAGUCUCAUUUGGAUUGACAGACAGAAGCUGCUAGCUGACUCCAGCACAUGGACACAGCUAUUGCAGUCCCUGAUUAGUCCCAAACUUUCAGCUGGUUUGUGUUGUUGGUGCCUUUUGAGGAUUUUUUAAUACAAACUUUGGACAUAUAUUAUGGGUAGUAUGUUGUUUUCGUUGGUUACAAAAGAAGUCAGAGUUUAAUGUCAAUUAGAAUCUUAAAUUUGAUGGUUGCUGUUUGCGAUGAGGCUGAAAACUUACAGUCACAGUUUCCAACAUGGUGACACUUGAGAAACAAAUGUGAAACGUCACUGAGACUGUGUCUAAUAAGUUCUCUACAGUCUAUGACAAAGCCACAACCAGGAUGAUGUCAGUUUAGCAUGUGACAUUUUCUCCUUUUAGCCAUUGUGUUACCUUUGCUUGGUGAUACGUAAGGGACCGUAUUUAUUCAGAUUUUUCAGUUUUGCUCAACUCUUACUUAUAAGAGAUAACAAUGCGAUGACCUGCAUGUCUGUCCAGUGCGCCUGUCACCACAGGUACAAUUAAAACCAGGGCUCGACAGUGCAACCAUUUUACUCACAUUUGUGACUAAAAAUAGACUUUGUGCGAAUUGUUGAAUGUAUUCAGGGACACAUGUGCACAUAAGAAAAUCAGCUGAGGCAACAAAUGUUUUUUCAUGUAAAUACCGCGGUGAAGUUAGUUUUAGAUUGGAUAUUUGACGGACAUUCACUGCGGUUCUCACUCUCCGUAAUCUGGAAUAGCAAGAACAGCGCGGUUAAAUCUACUCGGCAUCCUCACUGUCAAUGUCGGGUGUUGAAUAAGGGACCAUCAAUAAAUUACUGGUUGAUGUUCUCAAAAAGGCUGUUUACCUUCAAUAGCUUCCAUGUCACGUGACCAAUUGACCUAAAAUUGACUUCAAAUAAUAGCACUUAUGUCGACCAAUAAGACAAACACUAUUCUCUAUGUAUGCUCCUUACUUUUUCAACUUAGGAACACAUGUGCUGCUAAUCAUAGCGGCCAAUUAGAGUUACUCACCCUUUUUUUGUUUCUGUCUUUCAGAAUACUUCUCCACAAUCUUCCCAUCUGAUCUCACCCAUCCCCAAACCAUCGCCCACCAAAUACCAAACUUUACCAGCUCCUUCCACUACUUCUGUUGAUGAGUCCCCGUCAGACUUCAGCUCUCCAGCCCAGCUGACCCCACGACUUGACACCUCUGCCGCACGCCACCGGAUGUCAGUCAAGCCCCGAAACCAGCGUGCAGGCUCAAAGAAGAAAAUUGGCGACUCUGAUGUGAGUGGAAGAACUUGUUCUCACUUUGUAUUUUUAAAAUCCAAGUCAAAGAUACAACUCCUUCUCUUUUUCUCUUUUUCCAGUCAUUAAACAACAUCGAUCACCCUGAUUCUGACAGUGACAAAGAGCAGCAGCCCAAUCCUCAAGAGAAAGUGGCAUUGGAAACCCAAGUGGGAGAGACUGUCGCUCCUAGUACUGUUCAAAUUCUUUCUUCAAAACUCCCUGAAGUGGUACCAAUCACAUCAGAGGCAGAAAACAAAUCAAAGAGGGCAAUCUCCUCCCAACCAGACCAAAUUCCUCAUGAGACAGUGCCCCCUGUCCCCUCCCAGAUUCUUCGAGUUAAGGGUCACAGAAUAGGAGAGGUAGUGUCCGGUCAACGGCCACAAUCAUGCAUUUUACCAUCUGAAAUGAAAGACAAAAUAGAUGAGAGUUUUGAGAUAUCAUUAAUGUCCCGUGACAAGAGAAAUACUCUUAAUAGUUCUAGCUCGGGCGACCAGCGCUCCUCUAUUGCUUGCUCAGAGGAAACAUUCAGGUCCACCUCCCCUCAACAGGUUCAAUAUGAGGCAGAGGGCACACUCGUGAUAAAGAGAUCCUCUCAAGGAACUGGGUCUUUCCAUUUCUCUGUCACCACCACCAAAAACAUUGAUGGAGAAAGACCUCGAUCAGAUAGUUUCGAAGGAGUGCUUGAAAAGGCUGAAGGCAGGCACAGAUAUGAAAAGAAACCUAUUUUAAGCACAAAGGAGAAAGAGGAGCUUCGAGAGUUACAGUUGAGAGGAGCGACCUCUGCUGCUGGGAGACUCAGACAGGGGGCAACCCAGCAGACAGGCUCUGAUUUUCUGAUUGACAAGAGGGAGAGUCUCAAAAGGGUGGAACCGGUGGCACCAUCUACAGGUGAAACCACAGACACUGCAGCUGCACAGGAGGGGGUGAAAGACGAAGAGGAAAAACAAGAGGCCCAGCAGGAGGACGGAAAGCUGUCAUUUGGUAUCAAACUGAGGUCCACGUCUCAGUCCACGAGAUUGAGGUCUGAAUCCACUUCUAGUCAGAACACAGCGGUGAGCGAAGAGCAGGGUGACAAGACAAAAGUGGAGGAGAUGAGCAAUAACACCAGCAACAAGUCCAGAUCACAGAAUACCAUCCCGAGUGCACCACUCAAUUCUGGAGACCUCCGACAGGCGGGUAAGUCCCUGAGAAAUGUGAUGUUGGAAAGCUCCCUGUACAGUAAAGGAGUCUUUUACAUUUUCAUCAUGUUUAUCGUGCUUUAAUGGGCUUUCCUCUGGCACUUUAAGGGUUAAACUCCACCCAGAUGUACAGAUUAGUUUUCACACAGUGAUUAAGUCCUCUUCUACUGAUCACUAGAACAUUUGUACUUUUUAUCCUUCCAUGAUAACAGUACUUUCUAACUACUCCGUGUCAUCCCUCAGAUCAAACCCUACCUGGUAUCUCCUCUCCAGUCAAAAAAACUCCUCCAUCAGCUGAUAGUCCACGCAUCAUGCCAACAGAAGUCCAAACAGUCGCCAAAGUGGAAACAUCUUCUUUCAACCUGAUUGACACUGAAAGUAUCCCUGCAGCACCUCAAGAGCCCCCGCCAAGCCCCCAUUCUUCCUCAUCUGAUGUGUCCUGGAUGAGCCUGGCAAUGGAGAAGACCAAAAGCUUCCAGCAGCUUUUCACUAGAUUCCCCAGGGAUUUCUCAGGCACUGCACCACGACCCCAGGCGCAAGUGCCGCCAGUGAGUCAAGCACCGACUCAGAGUGUGGUGCAAGUACAUGCACAGACGUUAAAAAUGCAACAAAAUAUGGCACCACUAGAGGCUCCAAAACAGCCACCAGCUGAUGCAGUCAAAGCAGAUACAGUGCAAAGCAAAGGCCAAGUACAGAUAGUCAAACCCUCAUCAGUGGCAGUGCAACAGAAGACUUCGAUGACAUCCCCGGUGAAAUCGCAGCCCCUCAGAGAACCGUUCCCACUAAAACAAACCAGUCAGUUUCAGCCUCCUCUUAAUACGACUCCAUCUGCACCUCAUCAAACCCUGAAGACAACAGCCCAGUCGCCGUUGCACUCUGCUACAAAAACCCAGACCCCAUCUCAACCAAUCCAGCCUCCUCUACAUUCUGCUAUAAAAACCCAAACCCCAUCCCAGCCAGUCCAGCCAUCUUUACAUUCUGCUACAAAAAUCUCGAUCCCAUCACAGCCAAUCCAGCCCCCUGUACAAUCUGCUACGAAAAUUCAGACCCCAUCCCAGCCAACCCAGCCUCCCUCACAAUCUGCUACAAAAACCCUAAUUUCUCCAUUUGCAAAAGGGGGUACCACUCAGUCUCUUGCACAGUCUUAUCUUUCUUCGGGCCAGCAGCAGCAGCAGCAACCUCCCUGGAGCAAUCGAGCUCUUCAGUCCACCAACCAGUUCAAAUCCACAACUCCAGCUCCAUCUUCAGUUCCCGCUGCUCCAUCAGCCGCAUCUCCUGCUCCAGAUUCUGCACCAGAAGAAAAAAAAGAAACCACUGUGCAGGAAAAAGAGCCUGCACCCGUGUCAGUGAGUCAGAGGGCUGCUUUUUUGGAGAAACGGACGGAGCGGAUAUCUCCACCUGCAACCAAGGGGGUUUGUGGUGCUUUUGUUCUGUAACUGUCCUGAUUACAAAGGUUGGCUUGAAAUCCCUUUUAAGUCAAUGCUUAUCAACAAAUCCAAUGGAAAAGCAAAAAACAAUGGAUUUAAUUGGUUUAUUUUUGGUACGAUUAACAGCCUUGUCAUCCAGACUCAGGGCAUUUACAGUUUUCCUGAAGACUCAUACAGUUUGAAAGCCCCUUUGAGGAGUUACCAUCUAUAUUUGUUCAGAUUCAAAUUGAUAUUGAAAUCUGUUAAAGAUUUUGAUUGAAAAAUCUGUCUUGGCAUGUAUGGGACAAGCCGAAAGGGUGAUAAGAUGGACAUCUUUGUCCGCAGGAGUAAAACAGAAGUUACAAGCUGAAAGUUGCUCACAGCAGCCUUAAAUAGUGUCACUGAUAUAUCGUCAAGUUUAAGCAAUUAGGACUUAAGCAGAAAUUAAUAAUACACCUAAUUCUGCCACUGUGUGCACCUUAGUUAGGAAAAAUAUCAUUUAACACAACUUUGUGGCUCAUUCAUGUGUUGUGUAACACUUAUUGGAAACCAAAGAAGAUUUAUUUUAUGUAGAAAAGCUACAGCUGGCUUUAGUGUGACCACUGAAUCGUUGUUUUUUGUCUUAUCAUUGGAUUGAGUAACAAUUUAAUUUGAUAACCAGAUUAAUAUUUAACUCCUGUUGUUUAUAAACUGACCAAUUUUCUUAAGAAGAUGAUCUAACUCAGAUUUUCCUUCAGGUUGAAUUAAGGAAAGCUCAAACAGAGGCACAGACAUCAGGUGAAACCCCGGCUCCAGCCAAAGCCUCACAGCUCAUCAGAGACACUAAACCAGAGGGGAGACCAUGGGUCAGGCCUGCAGGUUUGUUAUUCAUGCAUUAGAUUACAUCUUUUUUUGUGGUCAGGUUCAACAUGUGCAGCAAAUGACACAUCUCUUUUUUGUGCUUCCAGAGUCGAGUCCAACUAAAAUCCCAGAUCGACCACAUGAUGACAAAUGGCCCAAGAAAAAUGUAGUGUCAUCUCCAGCACGCUCGCUGUCGCCUACAGUGCCAUCACCGAUACAGUCCAUGUCUGACAGUGGCCAGCCAUCCUGGAUGGAACUGGCAAAGAGAAAGUCCAUGGCCUGGAGUGAUAAGUCCAUGGACUGAGAGGGGGAGCAGAAAAUCUGCAAACACACCCCUGCAGACUAAAUCUUAUGUCGAAAUUUUAGGUGAGACUGACAGAGAGGUGAUGAUUCAACUCAGUGUAGGACCAUGAGUUUGCAUACUGAACUUUAUUUAAUUCUAAUGUGUUAAUGUAAUAUUUAGAGACAAACAGAGAGAAAGUAUAUAUUGAAAAGUUGAUUAUAGUCACUUUUAACAUAAAUGCCAUAAACAGUACUUAUGACUUAAGUUUUAUGUGAUUCAGCAUGCCAAUGCUGCCAUGAAUGAUGUUAAAUAAUAAAAUUUCUAAAGUAAGUC